UGUGUACAGUAAUUGGCCAGUUUGCAGUUUCUCUGGAAUGCAUCUCUCCAAGAAAUGUUCCGCCUUCAAAGUGGUGCUGAGUGCUCUGCUGAUAGUGGCGCUCCUGCAGCUCAUAUACCUGUCCUUCUUAUCCAAGUUUCACGGUAAGCAGCAGCGGUACCGAUACUCCGAGCUCUUUGGGGGCUCUGGGGGCAAGAAAAAUGGGCACCCCGAGAAAAACUCUCGUAAGGAGCGUCUGAGGUACUCGCUGUCUACUGGUGGGAUCUUUGACAACAGCGGUCAGUACCGGGUGUACAAGAACUUGAUCAAAAGUGAUUUCACCACAAACCAGAAACCAGGAUCCGACCCCAGCGUCAAUGUCCUGGCUUUAGCCACGCACACGACCAUCAACAACCUACAUCAUCUGGAAUCUCUUCUGGAAAGGUGGCAGAACCCUCUCUCUGUGGCCAUAUUCGCACACGGGCAAGAUGUCAAGUUUGCCACAGCUCUGGUCUAUGCACUCAGCUUCUUCUGUCCUCAGAUUCAAACCCUGGUGGACUUCCACUUGGUCUGCCUCUCAGGAGAGAUGGCCAGUUUCCCCGAACAGGACCGGGAGCACUUUGCAGGGCUUGAGGACUGUGUCUCUGUGUUCUCCAGACUGGAGACCCACAGGGAUAAAUACAAGAACUAUGCCAUCAGCGGGAACAUCUCCUACCCCAACAACCUUCUGCGUAAUGUGGCCCGAGGUGGCACCGAGUCCUCCUACAUCCUGGUCAUUGACAUCGACAUGAUGCCGAGCGCUGACCUGUACAAGCAGUUCCUGGCCAUGAUCCUGCAGCGUGAGCCGGCGAGCGAUGAGGUGUUUGUCUUACCUGCCUUCGAGAUCCGCCACGCCAGGAAGAUGCCCGCCACCAAGGCGGAGUUGGUUCAGCUCUACCAGGUAGGUGAGGUCCGGCCGUUCUAUGAAGAGCUGUGUCCUCGCUGUCAAGCCCCCACCAACUACUCGCGGUGGGUCAACAGCCACGUUAGGGAGACGGGAACCCUGGAAGUGGCCUACACGCUCACCUGGGUGGACCCCUGGGAGCCUUUCUACAUCGGGCCCCACACCGUGCCCCUCUAUGAUGAGAACUUCAAGCAAUAUGGCUUCAAUCGUAUCAGUCAGACCUGCGAGCUCCAUGUGGCCGGAUACAGGUUCUCUGUGCUGAGCUCGGCCUUUGUGGUGCACCGGGGCUUCAAGAUCCAGGGGGAGUUCCACGCCAGGAAAGACGAGGAGAACAAACGCAACCGGGUUCUGUUUCGCAGCUUCAAAGAGAGUCUGAAAACCAAAUACCCAUCCUCCAACCGACGAUGCUGAAAACUAGAUGAGGACUAUGUAGCCUGUGUCUAUCUGUGUUCUGCUGAACUGAUGGACAUAUAUUUUUCUUGUUUUAACCAGAUUUAGCUUGCAGUCAGGCUCUUCCCUGCCUGAAACAUCCUUGUUUUUCUAUGAUUUCUUGUGAUGAGGUAGGAGUAGGAGUUUAAUCUAAUCCAACUCUUGGGUUUAUUUCAAGACCCUCUGAAAAUGAACAGCAGGGAAAUGUUCUCUGGGGAUUUCUGAGCAAAUCCUGCUAGUUGGGACUGAAAGGAAGGAAAUGAUCAUUCAAGACUGGAAAACUGGCUAGCUACUCCAUGAGAUUGCUUUUUUUUUUUUUUAAUCCAAUGCCAAUCUAAAAUCCAGAUGGCAUUCGACUGACAUUCAUUUGAAAGUAUAUGAGGUACAGUUUCUAUUUUAAAACAAUUUUGACACAAAUAUGUCUCUACAUAUCAACUCAGAGACAAAAGUCCUAAUAUCAAUGUAUCUAACAAAAAGGUUAAGGUUCUACAUUUUAUGACAGCUGAUCAAAAAUCGCCUUGUUCAUCAAAAUCCAGCUGAAAUGUGGUCCUACGUCAUAGCUGCCUUCUGCUCAUGCUGUAGCAGAAAAAAAACCAUGCAAUUCAAUUUUAGUUGCUCACUUUUGGCUUUAAAAGUCUAUUUUUAGCUAUUCAAUAACAAUAAUUAAGUGAAACAAAAUGGCAAUUCAGUGUGAUUAUCAGGGUAACUACUUCCUUUAAGUAUAAAUGAGCCCUGACUCUAAAGUCCUCUCAAAUGUGCCAAUCAAUGAUGUGUUCCAACCACCAGAUGGCAACAUACGCUAUAUAUUUUAGCCUGAAGUGAGUGUUAGUAACACUACAGCAGGACACGGCAUUACACAACACCAGUGUUGUUUGCUGCUCAGGGGGAUGUAAAUUUACUCUGCGCCACAACUGUAAGCUCAUUUCAGAAGUUUUCAUAUCCCUGGGAGUGUCUGUUCUUGCCGCAAACUGUCUGAAGAGAUUACUCACACAAGUCAUUAGCACAACAAAGCACUGGGAAACUUUACAUAGAACAACACUAUCAUUUCACAAAGACUGUGGAAAACUACUGUAUUAUAACACUGAGGAUCUGACACUGGUAGUCGGUUAGAUAAUGUAGAGUUUCUGAAGUAGAGUAUAUGAUGGGGCCAGUGGGCUACAGGUAGAAAUGUAGAAUGGUUAGUGGGUAGAGAGAUAAAAAAAAAUACUGCACAAUCAAAAAUGGAAACCACAAAGAAAAGCAGUCUGUGUUGUCUUAAAAUUGCUGUGGAAAUGUUUAUCUCAACACCACUAGAAAAUAGCAAAUUAUGGAUCUUACACUUUAUUCUGUAACCCACUGGUACGUACAUACAUUCAGUAUUAAACCUUGACUACCACUCUGUUUAGUGAAAAUGCAUAUAAAACAGAAUAUUUACUGCAAAGUAUUCUAUACAGAAAAUGUUUUUAAGUGUUAAGUUGUUAUGUAAUUGUCAAUUUUGGAGAGAUUUCAAUAUUUUUUCCUCCCUCACUUGUAGUGUUUAUGAAAUAUUUAUUGUGAAAAUGUUUUCCUUUAAAUGGAAUUGGUUGAACCAUUUUUAAAAAUGACCCCAAGCAGGAAAACUGUAGCACGAAAUUGUGUUUGGUGCAAAAAAAAUGUUUGAUAUGGUCCAUUUUUGUUUUAGAACCACUAUAAAAUCACUUUUAUCUGGUAGUUUUGGGGAGUGAGAUCAAUUUCAACAAAUUACCUUGUGUGAUGAUGUGGUGUGGUGCUUUAUUUCUCAUGUGUCUUUUCCUUACUUGAAUCUUUUUUUUUUUGUAUUUAUUUUUUCUUUUGUGUUCACAAAAUAUAAUGCCUGAUUUGCAUUGCUGGAAUUUCUAUUAAACCUACUGGAUGAGUUUAUUUUA